CAACACUGAACACCCCUGCUUACGUUACGAUCAACAUGGCCUCGGGAACCACCGCGUCCUCCCUCGCUCUCCUGCUGCUCCUUUCCUGCGCCGCCGUGAGCAGCGCGGCGCGAAGGCUGGAGGAGGAGGCGACGCCCAAGGAGGGGGAGCCCCACCUGACCGUGCCGGACCUGCCAGUGCCAGAGCACGACUUGCCGCCGCUGCCCAAGGUCGAACUGCCGCCGUUCCCGGAGGUCGAGCUGCCACCGCUGCCCAAGGUCGAGCUGCCGCCGUUCCCGGAGGUCGAGCUGCCGCCGAAGCCCGAGUUACCGGCCAUUCCCGGAUUCCAUUUCCCGGAGCCUACUACGCCAUGACGCGCCACCCCUGCGUGCUACUUCCUCGGUCGUACGCGCGCGCGCGCGUGAAUUAUAUAUGUGUUCGUGUUGGGAUAUGGAUGCCCGCUCGUGUCGUGAGUGUGUGCUCUGCUUGCGUUCGUGCUUGAUGUAUUAUAUAUACAAAUAAACUUUGUUUUCUGACUUAUAUUAA